AAUGGCAGCUCCUUUUAUGGGAAAGCAGCAUUUACACAGGAAAAAGCUUCUUCCUUUCCUUUCUUCUUCCGCUUUUCCGCCAUUAUUAUGACCUUACCAAUGCUUCAAAUACCCAAAAACAGUAUACCAUUGGUAGUUCAAACCAACAAUGGAUUCUCUCUCUUCACGUGAUGAUCCUCAGCAUGUCAUGUGACCCCUCUCUCCUCCCACUUCCCCCAGUGCCAGUAGCCUUCAUUUUUCCCCCCAAGUUAAAAAGGUCUAGUCUUUGACAGUCUUCUUCGUGAUGCGUCCACUUACCCUUUCUCUGAGGAACGAAGAAUAAGACGACCGGAACCUUCAUUAAACUUCCCUGUGCUACAAAAGUUCAGUUCUUUUUGUUCCCAUUUUGUUUGGUCGCCCUGCUGCAUCUAUUUGGGUAUAUGUGGAAGUAGACUGUGAUGGGCUGCUUUCAGUCCAAAACCACCCAUCUUCCUUCUUCUGAUCAGGACCCUCCGCCACCUGAAACCAACCCAGAUCUAGAUGGGAACGAGGAGCUUUCCGUACCGGCGUUCAAGGAGUUCGAGUUGGCCGAGCUGAGAGCGGCCACCAACGGGUUUAGCAGCGACCUCAUUGUGUCGGAGAGUGGAGAGAAGGCUCCCAAUGUGGUGUACAGAGGCAAGCUGAAGAACAACCGUCUCGUCGCCAUCAAGCGCUUCUCCAGGCAGUCCUGGCCCGAUCCCAACCAGUUUCUGACGGAGGCUGCCGGAGUUGGGAAAGUCCGGCACAAGAGAUUGGUCAAUUUAAUCGGUUGUUGCGCCGAGGGAGAAGAGCGAUUGUUGGUCGCUGAGUAUAUGCCUAAUGAUACCCUCGCCAAGCAUCUCUUUCACUGGGAAAAACAACCAUUGCCAUGGGAAAUGCGCGUCAGAGUGGCAUGCCAUGUUGCACAAGCACUUGAUCACUGCAAUGCAGAGAACCGGAAAAUAUAUCACGAUUUAAAUGCAUACAGAAUCCUUUUUGACGAGGACGGUGACCCUCGAUUAUCUAGUUUUGGGCUAAUGAAGAAUAGCAGAGAUGGAAAGAGCUAUAGUACUAAUUUGGCUUAUACUCCACCAGAGUUUUUGCGCACAGGUAGGGUUAUACCAGAGAGUGUAAUUUACAGUUAUGGAACUGUUCUUCUGGACCUUCUGAGUGGAAAGCAUAUACCUCCCAGCCAUGUAAGAUGAUUGCUAUUUCCUAUCUUAAUUCUUCUCCAUUAUCUUGGGUUCAUAGCAUGCAUGUACAUCUUCUAUUUGUUUUUUUGUUCUUUAUAUAUCUCUUUUAAAUUACCCUCAAAACUCUUGAUUAGUGAUGUAAUUGCUUUCUUGUAGCAUAGAUGCUACAACAUGAUACA